AUGCAUCUUAUUCUUACUGGGGCAACUGGCCUAGUCGGGUCUUCGGUGCUCGACGCCAUGCUCAAAAGCACAGCAGUGUCCAAGAUUUCCAUCCUAAGCCGGAGUCCCGUGCAAAUGGCAGAAGAUGCAAAAGACCCACGUGUGCAUAUCAUUACCCACACAGACUUUGAAUCAUACAAGCCAGAGCUGCUCGAUAGAUUGAAAGAUGCGGAUGGAUGUGUUUGGGCCCUGGGGAUAAGCCAGACCAAAGUCAGCAAAGAGGAAUACGUUAAGAUAACUAAGGAUUAUACCCUUGCCGCUGCCAAUGCGUUUUCCACAAUCAAGCCAUCAAACCAUCCCUUCCGAUUCAUCCAUGUAUCGGGUGAAGGUGCCACUCAAACUCCGGGGCGAUUCUCACCGAUCUUUGCGAGAGUGAAAGGGACGACCGAGGAGCUUCUCGGAACGCUAUCAGAGCUAAACCCGACCUUUCGGGUCGAUAGCGUGAGGCCUGCAUUCGUUGAUCCGGCGACACACCAUGCCAUCAAACCAUAUAUUCCAUCUGGUACAGUGACUGGAAUUGUCUCAAAUAUUGGAUUGGCUUUGAUAGGCCCAGGUAUACGGUAUCUUAUGAAGUCGAUGCAUUCUCCAACAGAGCACCUUGGGUCUUUCUUGACGGAAAUGUCUAUGGGACGCCAUGAAGAAAUGUUGCAGGGCCCGGGUGUAUUCAAACUAGGAGGAGGCUAUGUUGUUGAGAACUCUGGAAUGCGGAGAAUUUUGGGGCUGUGA